CUUAUUUGGGCAACGACCCAAGAACCCUCCUCUUCUCGUCUCUCUAUCUCUCCUUCCAAUUCUGGAAUUGUAUCUCCUAGUCACGCGCUUCCAUCCGUUGAAUUAAUAUCCCAAAGGAAACCCUUUUUACACUUCGAAACCCUAGGCAUCAAACAUUGCAAUUCACACUGCACAAUCAUCACAUACACUACGCAAACCUAUAUACACAUUUGAAAUUUGAUCGAAGCGGAAGAAUUUUACGGUUUUACACUAGCGGGAAAAUGGCGUCAAUGAAGCUGAUGACUUCAUCGGCGUCGCGAAAUUCUGAUCGAAGGAAAUCGUCAGCGUCGUCGUCGUCUUCGUCGUCAACGAUGCCGCACGAUUUGCAGUUUUCAAACAACGGGAGUAAUAAUAGUAGUAGUAAUUUGGAAGCGACUUCUGUGACGCCUGAUGUAAUUUUCCGGAAUGUGUACGGAGAGAGUCAUAAUAAUGCUUUACUGAACACGGAGAUUACGUUACUCGAUGCUGCCGGAGCAAUAACGCCGAUUAGCGAUUCCGAGACACUGACGGCCAUGGCGGUGACGGCUAGUGAGGUGCCACCGGUUAGGAGGACGGUGGAUGAUGUGUGGAGGGAAAUUGUGGAAGGGAAGAGGGAAAAGCAAAGGGCGGCAGUAGUUGCGGGCUGUAAAGAGGAGAUGAUGACGCUGGAGGAUUUUCUGGUGAAAGCGGGAGCAGUUGAGGAGGAGGCCGUGGCGCCUGUGCAGGGGCCUGAGGUGAAGGUUGAACUAGGGACUGAAAGGUUGAGUGGUGGAAUUUUUGCAUUUGAUAAUAGUACUCCAUACAUGGUCACGCCGCAGCAGAGUGUGCCAGGAUAUGGAAGAGGGAAGAGGAAGGCGGUUUUGGAACCCUUAGAUAAGGCGGCGAUGCAGAGGCAACGGAGGAUGAUUAAGAACAGAGAGUCAGCUGCCCGGUCUAGAGAGCGGAAACAGGCUUAUCAAGUGGAACUUGAGUCAAUUGCAGUUAAAUUAGAAGAGGAGAAUGAGCUUCUGUUGAAAGAGAAGGAAGAGCGAACCCGAGCACACUAUAAGCAGUUAAUAGAGAAAGUGAUUCCAGUUGUGGAUAAGCGAAAACCACCUCGUGUCCUGCGAAGAGUUUGUUCCAUGCAGUGGUAAUGUAUCAUAGUGCAUCAGGCAUGAGUUCAAAAUGAAUUCCUUCUGAUAUAAGUUCAUAAUAAAGGAGCCUAAUCGUGCUGGGGUAAGUGAUAUAACAUCAAGUCGGUUAAUUUAGCAGAUGGUUAUUCUUUCUGAGUGGUAACACUUCCUUUGUGAAGGACAGUAUUGUAUAGUAUCAUGUCCUGGAAAGUCUAUAACGGGAUCUUCUAUUUAUCUAGCGGAGGGAGUUCACUUAAGUUAGCACAACUAUUUUUGUUGGUUGUUAUAGGGGUUUUAGAAUGCAAAUGCCUGAUUUGUUAGAUUUGAUAUGAGUAAAUCAUGGGAAUGAAAUUCGGACUAACAUUUUGUACUUGUUUGUCAA